UGUCACACUGCGAAGGGGCCAGCGUUCGGCGGACACAAGCUGCCCAAGGCCCCCAGCAUCAGCCUGUCGCAGACCAAGGGUGCAGGCAAAGGUCAGCUUGCGGUCUCCCAGCAAGUGCUGCGGGACAAGGACGCCGAGAUCCUGCGCCUCAAGCAAGCCCUGCAGGACAACAAGCUCAAGGAGGCGACAGGUGGCUCAGCCCUGUUGCCAGAGGCCGAUGCGGCCAAUGACCCUGAGCACAAGCGCCUCAACGAGAUCGCCGCCUCACUACGUCAGCUGGGCACGCCGUCGGAGGCCAUCCUCAUCAAGGCCAAGAGUGAUCUCAUUGCGGAGAGGGAUGCGAUCAAGUCCAAGUUGGUUUCCAGCAAGCCAUAUGCGGCCCAGGUGCAGCACUGGACGACUCGCAUCGAAGCCAUUCAGCUCCAAGAGGCCAAGCAGCAGAAGACUAUUGCUAGCCUCCAGGAGCAGCAAGCGGACAUCGCUGCCCAGCUUGCCCAAGCUGAGAAGCUGGCCAGUGAGCUGGCCACGGAGAGGAUGGAUCUGGAGGCGCAGCGACAUGCCGUCGCCACGAAAGGACCUGUCCCCGUCCCAGGCCAGUUCAAUCUCACCACGAUGGUGCCCGCCCUCGACUUGUCGGUCCAGCAGCUGGGAGAGCUCCUCUCGGGAGUUGGAGCCGACGAAACCCUCAAAGGUGUCGUCGAGAAGUCCUUCGCAGCCCUGCGUGAGCUUAAGACGAAGGCCGAGGCCAAGCCGCCUGCUGCGCCACCGACUGCACCACCCAGGGCAGACAUGCCGUCGGCCGAGGAGGUGCGUGCGGCAGACACGACGGCAGUUCCCAUGGACACGGACGACAUUGAGGAGCUCAAAGCAUAUUACCGUGACAUCACAGGCAGCGAACCGCCCGAGGAGGAGGACCAGAUCAGAGCCGCCGCCAAGAGGUGGAUCGCCGCUGCCGAGAACUAUGCCAAGAAGCGCCGUGUGGGCCAGGACGAUGCGGCACCUGGUGCAAGUUCAGGCGUGGACCCGACAUGUUGCCUCAAGCAGAUGAUGCAGUGGACUGGGUUUCGUGAUCUCGCAGUGCUGGUCUUCAUGCUGGCGCUGUCUGUGCAUCUAAUGGGGAGUUUUACUUUAUCGUCGUAUCUUGAUGUCAAGCUGUUCGUGCGCGUUGUCGUGAUCAGCUACCACUUUCUCAUCAGCGGAGUUGUGUGCAUCAACUUCUGUAUCGUCUGCGCAGGCAUUGCGCUGGCCUACCACUUCAGCCACUACCAAUGGGAUCUAAUAUCAGAUCCAG